GGUUUCAUUCUUAUUACGAUGAUUAUUGCACUGAUCAAGUCGACUGAAUGGGCUUGAACAGCCCGCGAGGAUGAGAGACCGUUUCCCAGCCACUCUGAGGUGGCUUGAGGGAUGCCUGGGAAGCAGCCUUCCUCCUCCUCCUCCUCCUCCUCCUCAGGUUGGGGUGGGGGUCUCGGGAGAUCUCCCGGGAAAAGGGGACGACAGAGAACAGAAACCCUCCAGCCCUACUGGUAGGCGACCAGGAGGAGGAAAGACCUCGGGGGUCUCCCCCUCGUCCCCUCCCCUUGGCACCCCGAGCCGGCUUCAACUGGUCUUAGGGAACAUUUCCACGUUUCUUUCCCACCGUCCGUCUCCUGCUCACCCACCGACCCCUUUUUGUGUUUUAAAGUGUUCGGGGAGACAAAUGGGGACGUUGAAUUGGCGGGGGAAGCCCCUCUGGUGAAGCAGGAAAGCGUUGGGGAAGUGAGCGGAAUUCCCUUUGCAUCGGCAUUUGGUUCAGAAAGAAACGUGAAUGCUCAAGGAAGGCUUCGGCGAGGCAUCUGUCUGUCUGUCUGCCUCUAAUCAGUUUCCUACCCAGAUUUCCGAAAGGAGUUGCUGGAAAGGAGUUCAAGAGGCUAGAACGCUUUGAGGAAGUGGGAGGGAGGGGGAGAUUAAGGCGGGGGAGCCAACCCCCAAAACUUUAAUCUUGACCCACUGCUCCAGAUUGCAAAACGCAUCAUCCCGAGGGGGAGGCAACUCCAUCCAGAACUGAGUUAAGACUUGGCAGGUCAAGAUGUUAAAAACUCUCUUAUGGAUGUGCUGGACUUUAGCCGUAACAGGUGCACUUCACAAAGAAAAAAGCCCGCCGGUGAAGGGCUCGCUCUCGGGAAAAGUCAUCCUCCCUUGCUUCUUUUCGACCUUGCCUACUUUGCCUAACUACCACAGUUUAAAUGAACUUUUCCGGAUUAAGUGGUCAAAGAUCGAACAGGAUAAAGGCGGAAAAGAUCUAAGAGAAACUACUGUUUUGGUGGCCCAGAAUGGGAAAGUCAAGCUAGAGCGAGGCUACAAGGACAGGGUGUCUGUUCUGAGCAACUGGGAAGACAUUGGUGAUGCAUCAUUGACUAUGGAGAAAUUGCAGGCAAGCGAUGCUGGGGUUUACCGCUGCGAUGUCAUCUAUGGAAUUGAAGAUACCCAAAAUGUUGUCUCAUUAGCUGUGGAUGGUGUUGUUUUUCACUACCGAGCAGCUACUAGCAGGUACACCCUGAAUUUCAAGCAGGCUCAGGAGGCUUGUGCGGAGAAUGGUGCUGUUAUAGCAAGCCCCGAUCAGCUGAAAGCGGCCUAUGAAGAUGGCUUUGAGCAAUGUGAUGCGGGCUGGUUGUCUGAUCAGACGGUCAGGUAUCCCAUUAGGCAACCAAGAGUUGGAUGCUAUGGAGACAUGAUGGGGAAGGAAGGAGUCAGAACCUAUGGAUAUCGUCUUGCUAAUGAAACCUAUGAUGUCUAUUGCUAUGUGGGAGGCUUAAAUGGUGAUGUCUUCCAUAUCACUUCUCCCAACAAGCUAACCUUUGAAGAAGCUAAAGAGCAGUGUGAGGCAAAUGGUGCAGUUCUUGCUUCUGUUGGUGACCUACAUGCCGCUUGGAGAAAUGGCUUUGACCAAUGCGACUAUGGCUGGUUGUCUGAUGGCAGUGUGCGCUAUCCUGUUUCUGUGGCAAGGAUCCAGUGUGGCGGAGGUUUGCUUGGAGUGCGAACCUUGUAUCGCUAUGAGAAUCAAACAUCCUUCCCUCCCCCAGACAGCAGAUUUGAUGCCUACUGCUUUCUACCUAAGCCGAAUGAUUCUGCAACUGUUGAACCGAAUAUACCUUUGGAAAGCGGAUCUUCCAAUUUAUUAACUGAACAAAUCACUUCUAUUGAUCCUCAUAUCUCUUCGGUCACACAAGGGGUGUCCAAGGCAAAACCGGAAGAGAAGGUACCUAAGCAGAUUGUUACUUUAUCCACCGUUCUACCUCAGACUGUUACAGACUUUUCUGAUUCAUCAGAAGUGACAGAAACAGAAACUGCACCGAGUGACCUAGUAGGGAUCACACCCACACAAGUUGUCUCUGACCUCAGUGAGAAGAGCUCUGGAAGUCAGACUGAACAAAUAGAGGUGGGACCAAUAAUAACUUCUGGAGAUGUUCUACUCAGAAGUAACUUGAGUGAACCUUUGGAAACAAAAACUUCUGUUACAUUAACAAAGGAAGAAACACAUCAUGGCAUCCAACCUACAACAAAAUCAAUGGAAGCAAAAAGCGACGUAAAACUGACAACCGUCGUCAUCCCCAAAGAACUGCUCCCUGAUCGUCAUGAACCUACAGAAGAUGAUAACAAUGGCAAUAUUUCACCCGAUCACAGGCCAGUUGCCUCUAGCACUGUUUCAGAAUCAGAUGUAGUCAAAGUGUCAAAGACCUUCUCACCUGAGAAUGCUACAGCUACACCAGGUGUAAUAGUCAGUUCAUCUGAAAGCAAAAUACCACUAACUACCGGAUAUACAAAGAGCUAUGAAACAUCAUUUAGCUCUGAGUUAGGCUCUAUGGAAUUACCAAAGACCACAACCACUGCAACAGAAGCGAAUGAUACAAUGGCAGGGGUUUUCCCCAAAGCUGAAAGAGAGGACAUGACAAGGCAUCGUGAUACAGUAACACCUACCCCAGAGAUGCAGCAAGAGAAAACUGCAGGAACAGACGAUCAGAAAUAUGAUUGGACUUCUGAAGGGAGUUCUGCUGAGCAUCAACCAGACUUAGGAAUUCCCAGACAAAUCACUACUAUUUCCUCAACAGUGGAUAUGGAAGGCAUAUCAGGCACAGAAUCAAUUAUAUUUACAAAGAUGGUAACUCCUUCUGCAACAGCAAAGCAAGAACCUGGGAUUUCCCUCACUUCUGAAACCCCAGUAGAUAAAAUUGCUAAAGAUGUGGUCACUGUUACUAUUCAUACAGGCGUCACAGGUACGAAAACAGAGGCUACAACAGCUAUUCAGGAGGAACUUGGUGCUAGAGAUCAAGCUGUGGAAAAACUGGCUACUGUCCCAGACUCUACUGCAGUGAUUUCAACCUUGCUUUUGACACCUGAAAGUGACUUAACUGCUGAAGGAUCUGCAUAUGAAGGAAAAUAUGCAACUACUGAGGCUUUGGGCCCAGGUGUCAAAAUAACAGUUUAUGAAACAGCCACAAAACCUGAACUGUCUCCUGGAAUGGAUGCUGUCACGGAACGUAAGCUAAAAACGACGGGUGUUCCCCCCAGAAAGGCAAGCACAGAAAGUGAAAGGGAUGUACCCACAAUCAGAUUUGUAGGCCGUUUUCCUACAGAAGCUGUUGUUCCUGUCACUGGAAAAUUGCCUGAUGUGGAGACUCUUACAACUCAUAGCCCAGAAGGUUCAGGAACGACAGAAGAGGCUGUAGGAACGGAGCCAGUUUUGUUCUCGGCUAUUGUGACAAGUAAACCGACGGUGGUAAGUGGCAUAGCCACAGCUACCAUUGCUCCAGUAGACAAGACCCUGACCACUUCACCAUCCAAAACACAGCCACCCUUAAUUGACAGGGAACCUGAUGAGGAUACGAGUAAAGACAUGGUAAUAAUUGAGGAAUCUGUUUCUCCCAUUAAAACUACUACUGAUGAUGAUUUUACAGGCAAGACGGCAGAGCCAGAGAUUGAUACAGAAUAUUUUACGUCAUCGAGUGUUACUGCGGUUGCACAGCCUACAGGACCACCGUCUGAGGUUUUAGAGUCUCAGGAAGAGCCUCCUUCUACUUCAGAUGCUGGCGUAGGAGUGGAAAGCAGGCCUGACAUAAAAGUGUUUGUUGUUACUAUCUCUGGCAAUGAUACAGAUCCAGUGCAUGAAGUUUGGGAUUUACUUGGUUAUCAUGAAAUAGACGAGCCCCCUACAGAUACCGAUUCAACACAAGAUGAACCCUGCACAGCAACGCCGGACGAGGAAUCUGCAGAACUUUUAAUUUUGGACCCUUUAUUCUACCCAGAAAUAUACAGUCUUGGAGAAGAUGAUGACGAAGAAGACUGCGAGAAUACUACCGAUAUCACAACUCCACCAGCUUUGCAGUUUAUCAAUGGAAAGCAGCAGGUGACUACAGCACCUAAAGAUAGAAAUGCUGAAGAAGCAAGGAGUGACCAGAUUGAAAGUUUACCACAUUCCAAAAACGUAACGUUUUCACACAUCAAUGAUACUAGCAUAGUGUCUGAAAAUGAAGUCUCUGACACAAUGCAGCCAAAUGAAUCUGCUGAAAUUAUAGGAGAAGCUACUACGCAGAAGCUAACAGCAGGAUCUAUCAUGACGGAACUGGUCUUUAGUGGUGAUUCUGAAGUUUCUACUACAGAUAAAAUCCUUGAAAUAACAUCUCUACAUGGCCAGCCUUUAUCAGGCACUACAGAGGAAUUAACACAACCUGGAACAGAUUUUCAUCAAAUCUUAAGCAAACAUCCUGGCAUUUUCUCUGUAAUUAAUACACAAUAUUCAGGAGCUUCUACUACCACGCCUGAGUCAAACAGUUACAGCUUUUCACACUCAGUAAAAACAUCUCCAAAAGAAGCUUCUGAAAGGUUUUCUACUACAACGUUUGCUCCAAGUGGGCUACCUGCUUCCAUAACCAUAGAAGACAGUACAGCACUUGAAAAUGUUCUGCAAGAUGGAUAUAAAUCAACAGUUAGACCAGAUACACUUCUUACUGCUGAAAGUUCAAUAGAAACAACCAGAAGUCCUAGUUUGUUGAAUAUACCAGAAGGCUCUGGAGAUGUUCAGCAAGAGAAUGCUAAACCUACAACUGCAAUAAUAAAAAUGACAGGAACAGGAAAAAAUCCUGUUCAGGAUAUUUCCUCAGUUCUUGACAGACACAGCCCUACCAAAAGCAGCCCUAGUGCUUCACAGCCUCCUGCAUCUUUGUAUAAAGACAUGAAUUCUACACUUGAACAGAGUUCUGUAGAAGCUCUUGCUACCCAAACUAUUCCUAAAUUAAUUUUGAACUCUACCAAAAAUGCCGAGGAAGUGAGGGAUGAUAAGGACGAGAUUAAGAGCACCAUUUCCUCAACCAAUGAGUAUUCAACUACUGUUAAAGCAGAAAAGUUGCUGUUCAGUAAAGAUAGUGUCAGAUCUGUGAGCCAAGAAUCCAUAACUCUCACUAAAACAGUAUCAGUGACAGAUGCCUCACCUCUCAAAACUAAAGAGGCCACAGAGAAGAUGAUUCCUGUAGAUGAAGAAUCUGGGGAUGGAUCCACAGAUGUUUGGAGGAAACCUGGCAUGGACAUUCUUUGGGGGGGUCCCACCAGCAAAGUGGUAAGUACCGACUCCCCAUUUAUUGACCCAGGUACUGAAAAAAUAGAUGUUAUCACUAUAGCUACUACAUUGAGUUCAUUACUAUUGAGAUCUCAACCUGGAAGCACUGACACACAAGUGAAGGAGCUGGACACUCUUAACACAGAUUCAUCACCUUUGGAAUAUGCAAUUCUUAUUGAUCCCACAGUGCAAGUGUUAAGUACUGAAUCAGACAGAAAGGCCAUGGAAACUCAAACUGAAGUGCAAGUAUCAAAGGAUAUAACUGAUAACCAAGGACCAGUAAAACAUGAAUUGGAUGCAGCCACACAAUUGCCAUUUAGUGAAAAGUCUAUUCUGGAAUCAAAUGAAGAGAUGAUAACAUCUUCUACAGCAACUGAAAAGAAAAUUGACUUGUUUGAGACCUCUGGUGCGGCAUCAUUUGUAGAGUCAACUGGCAGUGGAAACACUACAAUCCUUUCUGUCAGCACUCCUACACUAUUGAAAGAUAACAUUAUUCUGCAAGAAAGAGGCUCUGAAUUUUUAAUAAAUGAAACAAUGGAAUCUGCCAAACCAGAAAGCACUGGACACUUUUCUCCAACCAUCUUUGCUGAGAUAAUUGACCUGGUGGAUGUGGGCUCUGGAGAAGAAUCAGGAGAUAACAGAAGUAGUGUAGUAUUUGUGACUCAUGGUCCUACAGAAAGAAUAAUAAAUACUAAAUUUCCAUUGAUUGAACAAGGUUCUGGAGACAUAGAUUCUUUUACAGAACCUCCUAUAGAAACAACAAAUGAAAACAAAGGUAGCAGCGUGACAUCUAGAUAUAUGCUGCUUACUGAUGCACCUGCAAAGUUAGACACACAUAGUCAUCAUGCAGGAAUUACAAACACUGAAGGAGAAACACCUGCUGAACUGGAAACAAUAGCUUUUACUACAAACCCUCCUUCAGAAGAUGAAAUGAAUUCUGAUGAAGAACAUGCUGCUGAAACAUCAGAUGAAAUGGUGCAGACCUUUGGAGUGGUAACACAAGAAUCUUUCAUUAAAAGUAAAGAACCUUUAACUGGACAGGCAGGAAUUUCAACUGUUUCUACAUUUAUCCCAUACAUAGAAGAAAUAAAAAUUGAUGUCACACCUGGAACUGAAUUUGUGCAAAAGAAUCUCUCUUCACAUGAUAAGAUCCUCACGAUUGAGUCUGAAACAUUUCCAGGUGAACCUGUAAGCCCUUCACCAGCAGCUGAAGAGAAAGAACAGUUGGCACAAAAUGUCUACCCAACUGAGGACAGCCACAAGCCUUCCUCCAUGUCUACAGGGUACAAGCCAGUAAAAAAGGCAACCAGUAAUGCUCCAUUUUUUUCAGAAGAAGGUUCAGGAGAUGCAAUCUUUACUGUUCCAUCUACCACAGUGCCUAUAAGUUCUGCUAUAUUAAAUGUCAGUCCAAGCACAUUAAGUCUUGACAUUCUUCAUCCGAGAAGUUCAGAAGCAAGUACUUCAGAGGAAAAAAUAAAAGAAUCUGAUACAUAUCCCACUGAAACAUAUGGGGAUUUCAGCAAUGUUAAUAAAUAUCCAUAUACUAUAGCAGUAGAGUUGCUUGCAGGAAGAGACAAAAUAGCCCCUAAUGCAUCUACUCUAGAUACCAGGGUCAUUGGCACAGAAGUACCUACUAUAAAGCAACUCAUUCUUGAAAAUUCUCAAAACCUAGAAAAUAGCUAUCAGGAGAAGGAAAAUAUAACAUUAUCAACAUCUGUAGCUACUGAUGGAAUUUCGCAGGAGGAAGCUUCUCACGUAGUGAUGUAUGAAGACACAACUCCUGUUCCUGAAUCAUUUAGUGGAAGGGCUACUCUUGGAAUUGCUAAAGAACCUAAACCCACCUCGAAACCUGAAAUGAUGAGAAUAGCCAUUCAUGAAGGAUCUGGAGAAGGUUCUGGCUGGCGGGACACCAUGGAAAAAUAUCCUGAAUCACCUACCCAGUUGCCAAAAAGAGUAAUACCAUCAUCUCAUACACCAGGCAAAAAUAAUUUGAAAGUUGUGGACCUUGCUGAAGCAGUGAAUGGAUCUGAAAUAGAAUUGGUAUCAUUUCCCACCCAUGGAGAAGAAAAACAAAUGCUACCAACCUCAGAGAGUGACUUUUCAGAGACAUUUGCAGAUGAAAGUUCCACAAACAGCAUAAAAGACUUUGAGGAACUUAUCCCACUGCCUGGUGACAAAAGGAAUUAUUCGGGGGAUAUUUCCAGCUUCAUUGAUGUAGGCCAUGGAAUAGUAUCUGAUGAAACCACAAUUAUAGACGCUGAUGACUUGAAAUCAAAUAUUGAAGACCUAGGUGGACAAAGAACUGAGAGACCCUCGACGUACAGCAUUUAUACUUCUUUUAUGGAAAUUAAGACUGCCACACCUACAAUUACUUUCGCUGUUGAUAAAACAGAUAGCUUUGGAGAUGGUCAAGGGAGUUCUGUAACCAGUAAAUUCAUAUUCAGCAAGCCCAUGAUAUCUGAUCUAACACCAACAUCAGAUGAUGUGGGUUCAGGAGAUGCCAUACCUUUCACAACAGAAACUGCUGUUACUCAAGAGCUGCCCAAAAUAGCCGCAUUGCUUCCAACUAUGCCACUUCUUGUCAGAUCUACCAUGUCAUCGCCAACCAGCUCCAAAACUGAUGAAAAGGACAAAGAAUUAGAGCUGGAAACUAAACAUACAGAUUCCAAAAAUACAAUAGAAGACAAUUCUGAAGUACAAACAUUGUCAGACAACCAAGCAAUCGCUGAUGAAAGUGAAAUUACUUCUCCCGCAGACUCUUCAGGAAAAGGAGAAGUAGAUAUGGAUGAAAAGAAACUCGUGGCUCCUACGCCGCCAUACCUACCCAUUGAGCCAUGGCAAUCUUUGACAACACACAAAUCUGAAGAAAGCACAGUUACUGUACAACUUGCUUCCCAAAGUGUAACAAAGUCUGAGGAAACAACCCAGGAGGCCUACAAAGGAAUGAAGGAAACAGAAGCCACAGAAUCCAUAGAAACAGAUCCAGAAAAAAUACAUCCUGUAACUCAGACUCCAAAGUUGCCCGUGACUGUCUAUUUACUCAAUGGAGCUUCUGAGUAUCCUGAAGACAUCAUGCCAAGUACUUCAUCAUCAGUUGACAAUGACAAGCAUGAUUUGUUACCAGAACAAACCUUUAGAGAAGCUAGUGCUGACAUCACAGCAACUUACAAACCUGCCCUGAAAGAGUCUUCAGGAAGCACCACGUUCCCAUUAGCAUCUUCUCCCAAACUGGUACCAGAAAGCAAGAUCACUGAAUCUGUGCCUAGUUCUGUAACAGAAAUGAAGGAAAAGCCAGGAAGUUCAACAGAAGUGAUUAUUGUCGAAGGAACCAUUGCUCCCGGAGAGUCUCUUUCGAAAGAAGCUAAACCAACAACAUUUAUAGUUCCAGGAACUGACAUUUUAGAAUCUAGUUCAGAAGAGGAAACGUCUCAUGAGAAGGAGCUAAAUCAGUUAGAUGAAAAUAGUGCUGAUGGAGACUUACCAUGGAUACGCACCACACCGCCUCCCAUUCCACAUGAAAGUAAAACAGGUGGAGUAUUUGGGACUGAUGGUGAAGCCGAUGUUUGGCCAAUUUCAUCCCCUCCGUCAGUAGACACAACUGUGGAAACCCAGACUGCGUUGGAUGGGCAGAGGAAGCCAACGACUGUUUCCUCUAAUGCUGCAACAAAAAACCCAGGCUCUGAAAACACUCCUGAAUCUAUUAAGCAGGCAAGAACCACAGGGGGCAUAAACAGCAUUGAACUUGUAACACCACCACUUUUGCUUCUGGAUGUAACUAAUGGAUCAGAUUUCCUGAUUGGCACAGGUGGGGGUUCAGUCGAAGGCACAGCAGUUCAGAUACCAGGCCAAGAGCCAUGCAAGAGUAAUCCAUGCCAACAUGGGGGAACUUGUUAUCCACGUGACACUUUCUACAUCUGCACUUGUAUGCCGGGUUUCAGUGGUGACCAGUGUGAAGUAGACAUUGAUGAAUGUCAAUCCAGCCCUUGCAGAAAUGGAGCCACGUGCAUUGAUGGCAUCAAUACAUUUACUUGCCUUUGUCUUCCAAGCUAUGUUGGAGCUCUUUGUGAAAAAGAUGCAGAUGUGCAUGUGAACCUGCUGCCAAAACUGCGCAGAUGCAAUUAUACCGAAACCUGUGAUUACGGAUGGCACAAGUUCCAAGGGCAGUGCUACAAAUACUUUGCUCAUCGCCGCACGUGGGAUGCGGCAGAGAGAGAGUGCCGCCUCCAGGGAGCCCAUCUGACCAGCAUCCUGUCUCAAGAAGAACAGCUCUUUGUGAACCGAAUAGGACACGACUACCAGUGGAUUGGCCUAAACGAUAAGAUGUACGAGAGUGACUUCCGCUGGACUGAUGGCAGCGUGCUGCAAUAUGAAAACUGGAGACCAAACCAGCCAGACAGUUUCUUUUCUUCUGGAGAAGACUGUGUUGUUAUAAUUUGGCACGAGAAUGGCCAGUGGAACGAUGUACCAUGCAACUAUCAUCUCACCUACACUUGCAAGAAAGGAACAGUUGCCUGUGGCCAGCCACCAGUUGUAGAAAACGCAAAGACUUUUGGGAAGAUGAAGCCUCGUUAUGAAAUUAACUCCUUGAUCAGAUACCACUGCAAAGAUGGUUUUAUCCAGCGCCAUGUUCCAAUCAUCCGGUGCCAAGGGAAUGGACGAUGGGAUUUGCCUAAAAUUACCUGCAUGAAUCCAUCCUCAUUCCAAAGGACUCACUCUAAGAAAUAUUAUUAUAAACAUUCUUCACCAGGAAAGGGAAACUCAUUAAAUUCAUCAAAACAUUUUCAUCGUUGGAUCAGGACAUGGCAGGAUUCAAGGCGCUGAACGCACUCUGGCAAAAGCGGGAGGUUCUCCAUGCCAGCCAAAGUCCUAACUUAACUGUGCCUUUUUAAAAAUCAAUUAUAGGAGUAUUACCAAGCAUUUUUAUUUUAUUUUUUUGAAAACUUAAGGACCUCAGAACUCUCAGCACACAUCUGCGAUUGCUACAAAUGCAAAAUCGAAAAGGGAGACAUUGCCAGCCAUCUAUAGCAUGUUAAUGUUCAUAUGUCAUUGAUGAGGGAACAUUAGAGUCCCUGUCCCAGCGUCCUAUAACAAUUAAAACUCUUCCAUUUUAGCACCAAUGAUAAUGUAAAUAAGAUGAUUUAAUGGUGUUUUAAUGUGUGUUACCUUAAAAGAACAGCAACCCUGUAUAUACAAUGAAAUGUCACACUAAGUUCAAGUUUAUUUAUGGCUAUUUGGCCUCAGAGGUCUUUAAUUGUUUUUGUUUUGUUUGUUUGUCUUGAGGUACUUCAUCAGGCUGAAAAUAAUUUUAAAUUGCAGUCUGCUCUCUCUUUUCUUUUUGUAUCCAUGAGAGAUAACGGCUGUUGCAAUGGCUGAAGAUGAGCAAAGUAACAGAGGAGCACUGCUCUUUUCCAGCAGAAGUCCAUAAAGAACUGUAUCAUGAAACCUUACACAUAAGGAGCACAGCAAGCAGAAACAACCCUGAACAAUGGACUGCAAUGUGGAACUUGACUUCCGUCCUUUUCAGCAUUGGCACUGAUUGAAAAGGGACUUGCCUGGAGGACUUUUUUUUUAACGACAAGGAGGGCCUGUAGGAAUAACAAUAAUAAUAACAAUAAUAAUAAGUGCUAAUACAAUAAAUCUCAACCAGGGCCACUUUUUUCCCUUUCUUUUUUUACGAUGACUUUUACAACACUAACCGUGGGUCUAGAUUACAGCUCUCUGCAUUUUACGAUGGAGAUACGAUAGACCUACAACUUUUGUUGUACAAAAAACCCCGAACAAACGAAAAAGUAAAUAAUUUUGUAUAUAUAAAUAUAUAUAACCAUUUUUAAUCCUUUUAUAAAGUCAUGAAUGUUUGUGUAUGAAUGCUGCAGCUGUGAAGCGUACCUAAAUAAAUGAAGUAAGCCAUACUGAUAUAAUUUAUUGGAUGUUCUUUUUACCUUGAAAUAGCUUGGUAGCUUGUUUUCAGCCUCUAAGCUCAUCCUGAUGGGGAGAACUAGAGUUGGCUUCAAAUGUUUUUUGACUUGACUUGAGAGAAUAUGUCUAUAUCUAUAUAAUAAAUGGGAUCAUGAGUGAGAGCUGUGUGACUUGUAAGCAAUCAAUACCUUGACUUGUGAAUAAUCUGUGUGUUCCUAGAACUAUUGUAGAUUUUUCUGCCUAGCAGGCCUAGUUUAAGGAGGGUACAUGUCUCCUUAGGUCUUCUCGAUUUAUCUUCCAUGGCGAGGUGGGGUACACUAAUUGCAGAAAGUGGUACUUUCAAGGACCAGGCUGGGUUGGUACUUUCAAGGGCUAGAUGUAUCUUCUCUCCAGAUCCAUGCCAUGCAUGUGCUGUGUAGCAAGAGUGUGUCUUCUUCCCUCUCCACACCUCUGGUAUGCUUUCCUUGCCUCCAGAGCUGCCACUGCCCACACAAGGGUGUGACAUUCUAAUCUGGCCUUGUGCAUCAAAUCUAACAUAGGACAAUUUCUGGGAUAGCGACCACACAAAAAUGGGUCUGCUCUGCAUGGAUGCCUGGUGAUAUCAGAGAUGCAGUCUAGGCAUUCCAGGAGUGUGCAGAGGGACGUAAUGUACGCUCUCUGCGUCAGGCACAAAUGGUGGAUCUUUGAACAAGUAUGGUCCUAUCUGGCCCAAAAGAAUCCCCCCCCCAGUUGCAAUAUUCUGCUUUUAGCUUUGUUGAGGAGAGAAGAAAAGAUCUGAAACGUUCUGUUCUUUGAAUUCCAAAAACGUAUGAAGAAGAAAAAUAUUCUAGUUUUAGCAGUACAUGUGAAGUUUGUAAGUAGAAGGUAACAUAAAUCAGUAAGGGCUAGCUGGUAGACUGACCUCUUCAUUAUCCAGUUCUGUUGUGUACGUUUAGCAUGUGAUGUAGCUAUAGUUGUGAACAGAGCUCAUGUGUACUCUCACAAGUCAAGAAACUGGCCCUGGAUUGGUGCAGCAAUGUCUCCUCACGCAUAAAUGUUGUGCGGAUAGAAUUUCAUUUAGCUGCAGCCUCAAGCGGUGUGGAUUAUUUAGGGCUUCCUCUCAAGUCCCAGGUUAUGGUCUGAAGGCACAUUUUGCUGACACUAAGCAACUCUGGACCUCCUCAGUGCCUGGAUGGGACGACUUCCUGGCACCUUUGGUGCCAUGAUGGAAGAGAGGCAGGAUAAAAUGUAAGAAAGCAAAUAGUAACUCUGAUUUUGGCAUGUUCCCCUAGGUAGUUUACAGUUUCCCACUGCCUGAAACCUCUUUCAGCUGAAUUAAUGCACCCUGGGAACUUGUGGUGACCAUAGACUGAUUAAAUAAUGUGUGAAUCUAUGGUAGAUUAACACAGUUUCUUUCCUCUGUGCAACAAUCUGCAAACAAAACAUGGAGGAAUCUAAAAGAAACUGGGCCAUAUACUAAACGAGCUUCAAAACAAUGGUGCACAAUAUCUGGCUGGCCAAAAAACCAGAGUUGGAGAGGAGUGGUGAGAUCCCAUUUCAGGUGCCCUGUUGUGUGAUGAUCAGAAGCAAAACUGGACCAUGCUGUGGGAAAUAGGUGUUAAGACAGAGGUAGUUGGCGGGGAAGCUUGCUCACCAAAGGUCUACAAUGAGCAUAAACAAUAUAUAGCUUCAUUUUGUUGCACAUUCAGUAGCUUCACUCUUACAAAGUCCCAAGGGUUCCCAGACUGGGACCAGUUUUGUGAAAUGUAAGAUCACCUUGAGAAGAAUCAUGGCCUCUCAUGAAAAGCUACCACUGUUUUGAACUGUACAUUUCUUUCCUUUUCUAUAUCCAUAAUACUUUUUUCACUAUUUAUAUUCUAUUUUGUAUGGUGUGUAAUGUGAAUGUUUUGGGGAGUUUUGUGAAAGAACUUUAGAAACCUUGUUAAUUUUUUUAUAUAUAUCGGCUUCUGGCUCACCAAAGAAAUCUUGUUUUGCUCUACUGUGAUACGUUCUGUUUAUUGCAUGUCUUCGAAUUUAAGUCUAUGUAAUGUCAAGUUCUACUGAUGAGUCAAGUCAAAUAACCAAGAACAACAAAUACUGAGUGAUGCAAACACUUUCAUAACUUUUUUCUACAUUUCUAAUAAUAACUUUUUAGCAGAUUAACCAGAGUCAAUUUUUUGAUUGACUUUUAAUGGGAAAUUGAUUUGACCAUAGUCAAUUAGA